UACAACGACAGAAGUUGGGUUUAGAGCAGAGUUGCUCGAGAUAUAACAGUGUGUGAUCGCUCCUGCUGGGUUCAUUUGCUCUCGUCAAAAGGCCACUGUCGGUAACACGUCACACAAUGAAGGUUCUGUUGAUAACUACAUCGGUGCUGUUGCUAGCAGGUACUGCCGUGUCGGCAUGGGGAGGUACAGGGCCUAAGUGCCCCAACGGCUGGCACAUGUAUAACAACACGCAGUGUCUGUCGCUGUUUACUCGACAAGAGCCGUGGGAGGAAGCCAGGCGACAAUGUGACUUCAAAACCUCCGGUUCUGACUUGGUAAUCAUCGAUUCAGCUGAGAAGAACGCCUUUGUGAACACCCUGGUUCACUCCAAGCCUCCUCUGAUCUCCUGCGGACUACUGGGCAUAGAUUCCUACUGGAUUGGCCUCAACGACAGGCGACGGGAGUUCUGGUUUGAAUGGAACGACACACAAGAGCGUGGCGAGUAUCGCAACUGGGGGUUCCUCGAGCCCAAUAACCUGUUGGGUGAGGAUUGUGUGGAGAUGGAAUACGACAAAGGUAAAUGGAACGACGAGGAUUGCGACAGUAAGCGCUGCUUUGUAUGCGAGGUAGCCGCUACCUAGAUCCGGAUAUUGUCGAGUGUCGACAUAGACACUAUAAAGAUAGUCAUGUGCCCCAAUUAGAGUUCAAGUCGUAUGUUGUCAUUAAAUUUGCAUUAAAAAUUUACCUUAAAUUUGGCAACUUAAUAAAUACAGCUAUUUCCCCAUUUGUUUUAUUUAAAUACUGGUCUUCAGGCUCCUUUGAAUAAGCGUAACUUUCAAUUAAUGAAUAGAAUGUUUGAAACCUAUACCAGGAAACCUUUACGCGUCUGUAUUGGAUUAAACGUGUAUAGAAAUUCACUUGUGGUGUGAUUUUAUAUAAUUGUAUUCCUUGCCAUUGUUUGAAACGGUUGAUUCUUUGUAUGUUAUUAUUCAGUAUCUUUUUUAAAAUUCCAUUUCAGCGUUUAAAAUCUAUAAUUUGGUAAUUAGAAACAUUGUCGAAAAUUGAUAUUUAGAACAAAUUGUCCUCAUUCAGCAGUGAACUGAUCGACUGAUUUUGUUGUCUUAGAUAUUCGCCAUUGCCAAUGAAAUCUUUUCUUGAUGAUUUAAAGUUAAAGGAAGUUGACAAGGAUUAAUCAAAAGAACCAUCGUUAUUAAGGAUUUAGGAUUUUAGUGAUGUGGAGGGUUUAUGUCGUUUUUCUUUCCUGUAGUUACAUUUCUUUACCACAUAAUUCAUUGACAGAAAACCGUACAUUAAACGGAACUCUUUUCUAAUGGCAAAUAUUUAUCUUGGGUCACCUUAAUAAUUUAUUAAAAGUAUAAUUUUGAGGGCGUCGUGCUCAGAUGUAAUGAUGGAGGUCAUUUAUUUAACUGCUACACAUUCAAAUGUUUUACCCCCAAACUUCAUUCUUGCAAGAAUAAUACCAAAAUGGCCGAUUUUAAGGUA